AUGCCGACCACACUAAAAGCUAGUCCGCACGUGUUAACAGACGACCUGACUCCUUCAUCGGCCGUAACUCCGAGCGGUGCGGCGGGCGAGGCUCUGUGUGCGGCGUGGUGGAGCCCGGCGGACGGCGCGGUGCGCCUGCGUCGUCGGCGGGAGGGCCCGGCCGAGCUGAUGCUGCACGUGUCGACCCUGGAGUCCGUGGUGGCGGUGGCUGGCUGCGCGGAGGCCGGCGCCGCAGGCGGCAGCUGGGGCGCGGUCGGAGCCCUGGGCCUGUCGUCGGGUCGCGUGCUGGUGCUGCGGCCCGCGCCUCGCGCCCACCGCGCCCUUCACGCCCACUCGGCGCCCAUCGCCGACCUGGCGCUAUGUCCGCGGGUCAGCCUGCUGGUCACCGCCUCCGUGGACGGCGUCGUCGUGCUGUGGGAUCUCAACGACCUCACGUACAUCCGCACGCUGCCCAACCGCGCCCAGCUGUCCGUGCGCUGCGUGGCCGUGAGUGAGACCCUGAGCGACGUGGCCACGGUGCACGAGCCGCCGCCCCCCGGCGCGGGCUCCCCGGACAACCGCGAGUACGAGCGCGACAGCUCCUACCGCUACAGGUCGCUGGUCCGCGUGCACACCGUCAACGCGAGAUUCGUCGGAAGCGUGCGCGUGUCGGAGCCGGUGUCGUGCGCGUGCUACUCCCUGGCGCCCGAGGGCGUGAGCGUCAACGUGCUGGCGGUGGGUCUGUCCACGGGCGGCGUGCGCCUGUUCUCGUCGUGGGACCUGCGGCCCGUCGCCUUCCUGCCGCCCGCGCGCCCUCACCCCUUGCUCAGCUUGACGUUCAGCUGCGACUCCCAGCUGUUGUUCGCGUGCUUCGCGGACGGCACGGUGCUGGCGUGGGAGAGCGCGGACGGCGGAGCGCGCGCCCCCGCCGUGCGCCUGCUGCCCGCGCACGCGCUGCUGUGA